AUGGCCAACAUAAUAAAUGUUUGGGAUGCAAUAGUCCAGCGAAAAAUCGACAACGCCCAGUACAUUUUGAUAACAUACGCUGAUACCUUGAUUCAGAACCCAGAUCCAUGUUCCAUCUACCUAUUUUUGCUUAUGACUUACAAAGCGAACCAAGUCAUCCCAGCGAAGAUCGCUUCAGAGCUGAAAAACUUCCCAGAAGAUGUUAUCUCGAUUGCAAGGAGCUUUGGCGGAGUUCUGGCCUGCGCAUUCUUACAACAAAUACUCAAGCUAACAAUCUCUGACAUGGAAAUAAUUACAAACCGCUAUCCUAAUCAUUGCGGAAAAUUAUUCAUGCACGUUUUCUUCCAACAGAAUUCCCAGGACACUACGAUCUCUACAGACUACAUGAGCAUCAUAGAAGCCAUCCCAGUCGUUUUCGACACAAAACCGAAAUUAGAAGCGGAUACUUUCAUCAAACUCUUCUUCAGGAACUGGGACCAAGACCCAGGACUCAUAAAAAUGUAUUCUACAUUCACAAGAACCUUCGUUUCGGCAAUACAAUCACUUCCUUCUGUAAUUCAUGUCAAAACCGCCGAAAUUCUUAUUCCUUAUUUGAAUACAUUCACAAAAGUUGCUUUUGAAACUAAAGAUCCUCUGAUUCUGUUCGAAACCGUCGAUGUUGUAUCGAAGAUUGUCUACACAAGGGAAAUCGGGCCGCAUAUCACUCCAGUGAUGACAUCCAAGAUAUGCCUGAGCCUUUUGAAGCUUCUAUGCGUUUCAAAUAAAAAUUAUGUCGAAAUUGGCUUAGAUAGGGCUGCUUCUUCCAUAUUAUCAGGCAAUCCGAUCUUUAUGACCAUUGUGCCCUUCUUGGUCCAUAUUCUGAACGAUCUGAAAAUUCAUCCGAAAACAUCGGUUGUUUCCGCCUUGGAAUCAGCUCUUUUGUACUUCACUGUCAAUGAUAUCACCAAAGCAAUUGAUUCCAUUGAGAAGAAGAUGAUUAAUUUGCUCAAUACGUCGAAUACUCAGUAUUCUCAAUCAGCUUCGAUAUAUUUCCUCAACAGAUCAUCUGGAAAUGACUUGAAUAGAAUAUCCUCUAAGGUCAUAACUGCAAACAUCAUCAAGAUCUUUACUGCCAUAUUUUCAAAGUCAUUUCUCACAGAUACGACGAUGUCUUUCGUAAGAUUGGUUCAUGGAUACGCGGCUCUUAACAUUCCGAUACCUCCUGAUCUCGAAGAUUGCUUGAAAUCAAUUAAUAUUUCAUAUAACUUGGCAGAUGGCAUGUAUUCGCUUAUUGACGUUGCAGAUACUCUUAAGACGAAUAACAAUGACUUAUUGACUAACUUAGUUGGUAUUAUUAUAACUCAUUUUAUGAUUUAUUCAACAAAAAAGGAUCCAAGAGGUUCUGCCCAACUUAUGAUACUUGCCAUCGAACUCUCUAGGAGAUUAGGAGACUUUAACUUCAUAGAAGACUUCCUUUCAAGGAUCAAAAACAUGCCAGAUAUCAUUGAAGUGUUAGUUUCUCACCUUUCGGCAUCAAAUGUAGUAAGUUUCUCGCCAGAUAUAAAUCCUGUGUGCAUUGGUGUAUCGAGUAUUGACGCUUUGCAGGUUUUGAACGAAGAAUCUGAAAAGAACGCGCAAUUACUUACCGCAAGGUACACUUCUAAGACAUCUCACAGAUUCGACAUCAUUGAAGAGGAAGACAAGAGCGAUGGCAUUGAAGAAAAGGUAGAAACAUUGAAAUCCGAAGAGGAAGAUUUCGAAAAUUCAAACCCAUCGAGUCAAACCGCCAAACUCUUCUCAAAUUUGAAAGAGAAGAUUAUUUCACAGAAUCUCCGCCAAUUACUCAACACCCCAACAAAUUCCGAUCAAAAAAUCGAGAACGAUAAAAACCGUGAAUUCAAAAUUUUAUCGGAAAAAACCGCCAAAAUUGAGAGGAAGAAAUCGAAACCAACUAAUUCGGACAGUACAUUAUUAGCCAUGUAUUGUCUAGGGUUAUUUGGCGAGAACCGCUACGAAACUCUUCCAUCAGCCGGCAACAUUAUGCAGGCAUUUCGGAGAGUCAUCUCCACAACUGUUAAAAAAGAAGCGAAAGUUCCUCUCUACUUCGCUCGCGGCGGCAAAUUCGAUUGGAAGUGGUCAGAGACAUCGAAAGACUUCCAGUCAUUUGCCGAGUCACUUGGUCGGAAAGAUAAAAGUACGACUCGUAAAUUUGGCGACUGGCGAUUGGACGGGACAUUUUUCGUUGUUCCCGCAGACAGCGAAUACAAACCGAAGUGCGAGGACACGAUGAACGACGUCAGAGUUGUCUGGAGCGAGGAUGGUAUCACCAUCUCGUCGAAGGACUUCAACAAGGACAAGAAUACAACAGUCAUUUGCGUGCAGCCACUUAAAACAGGUUUCGUAAGAGUGACAACAAUGAAUGCAAAAGUCACUUCACUUUUGGCAAAUACAAACAUUGUCAGGGCCGAAAGUGCUCCUUCAAUGAUUUGCACGACUGUUGUUACUCUUUGUCUUGGUAAUGAGUUUAAUACUCCAUUUACUUUAGGAAUUCCAAACAAAGAAAAUAUUAUUAAGAUGGUUCCUCAAUAUGUUUAA